AUGGAGACCAGAAGAAGACAAGGUUUUGGCAGUGUGGAGGCAGUCUGGCAACGACCUCGAGUUCUUUAUCUUCUCGGGGGAGGGUGGAUCCUAUUCGUGUGCUGGUUUGUGGCGUCACUUGCUGGUCUGGACAAGCACAUCGUCAAUCAUAGACCUUUUCUCAUCCGCAGUCGUGACGUUGCGUACUCGCAGCAGAUUUUACUCAAAAUGCCAGCAGCGGAACCUGCGCCGGCUUUUCAAGAAUUUACGGUCGAAGUGAAGCCAAGUCAAGAGGCUCUGCCGAUGAGCAAGGACUUUUACACGAGUAACUUCGGCAAGACCGAUACAUCGACCACCAUCAUCUUCAACGUGUUCAAGGGCAGACCCAAAGCUCUAGCAGUGCAACUAUUGAAGGCUCUGACGCAAAAACACGUGUCACCGCCCGAAGUCUGGGUCAUGUGCUUUAACUCGCCCAUGGAAAAGAAGUAUCGACACGUGAUUGAAGCAGUCAAACGCAAAUAUCCUGAUCUAGCGCACAAUAUCAAGUUUACAGUGUCCGAUUUCAACUUCAAAUUCCACGGACGCUUCUUGUUGGCCUACAUGGCAACUACCAAAUACGUGCUGAUUGUCGAUGAUGACAAGGCGAUCGAUGGAGACACAGUCAACGACUAUCUCAAAUAUAUGAAGAUCCAGAAGGGGGUGUGGGGAAAUAAUGGACACCGUCGAGCGUCGACGUUUGAGGGGUACAAGAGUUGGCCGCGAAAUUUUUCGCGUGAGUCGUGGGCUGAGCAGGAUUAUCUCAGUGGAAUGUGGUUCCUGGAGCAAUCGUGGCUUGAGUAUUUCAUGAAGGAGCGUGUGCCGUCCUGGUCCACGUCAGAGGACAUGCAUCUUUCUCACGUUAUGCGCAAGUAUCUGAACCUGAACACGUAUGCGGGUCGAGUGGCAAUAGGGAAGACGCUUCCCCGCAAACCGAAGGAGGUUCAGGCAACACAAGGAUCAGCACUGGACCUUCGUGAAUAUAUCUUUGAUCACGAGUUGGGACGUGGCAACAAGGUUGUCAGUGUCGCUUCGCCCAUCCGGACACUCGUAUACGCUGAAACUGUGAGUGAUAUCGAUGACUAUUUGGCGAAAUUGGAAGCGUGUCCAUCGAGUAAUAACAGUAUUCCGGUACGUAUUGGAGAUGCGAGUCGUACAGAAAUUUCAGGGCCGUGGUGUGAGGGUGAGAAGACAGCUGCAGUUUUUCGUGGCGCUAAGGAGCAGGACGUUAACGGACUCGUCGCAGCUGCUGAGAAACUUUGUGCUAUAACCAAGUGCGAGUACUAUAGCGUCAAGCCCAAUAUUCGACACGGUAUCCGGUAUUUUAACAUGCGUGAAGGCUACGGCCAAACCAUGGAGAUACCGUUUCAGACGGGAGCGUCGGACGUGAUGCUGUCACUAGUGGGCAUCCUGAACAAUGUGUUGCCUGAGACUUUGUUCGUUCCGGAUGUGGACUCGAUGACGUGGCCAGAGACUGAUGCUUCGAAACACAGCCGACUGCAGGUCUACCACCACACGGUGCUACUAGCUGUGGACAUUCAUCGGAACUCCAAGACAAAUAGCAAGGUGAUAGAUGGUGAGGUGAAGGACGAGUGGCUUAUUACCGACGAUUUCCCAUCAGGAAUGCAGACCUUGAUAUGGCAGCGAGGUUCCACAGAUGACCCUGUUCAUUACUAG